ACUUUAUGUGACUCGUAGAUCAGCCAGCAGUACAAGGAUUCAGUAGAGAGCAGCUUGCAAGUUUCUGAAGAAGGUCGAGAGAGUCUUGAAAAAAAAAUAGAGCAUCUAGAAAAACAGAAAGAAGAGCUUCGUAAAGAAAACUCUCAGCUCUUGGAAAGAUUGAACAGUGAGGUGUUAGAACUGCACCAGCAGUUAGCCACUGUCCAGGCAAAACUUGUUUCUGUUGACGAAAAUUUAAGUGAAGCCACGAAGAAAGAAACACAAGCUCGAGAAGAUCUAAAGAAUCAGGUUUUUCUGACGAGAGAGGCCCUGGAUAAAUAUGAACGUGAGUUGAUUCUUCAUGCAGCAGAUGUUGAAGCUUUGACAUCAGUGAAGAAGGAGCUUGAGACAGAGCAAAGCAAGAUCCGAGAAGCUCAGGAGGCAGCCCAGAAGGCUGAGUUUGAGCUUGGUGAACAGGUGAAACGUCAGGAAGCAAGAGAGAGCCAGUGGAGAAAAGAACGAGAUGACAUGCUUGAGAGAUGCGACCAGUUAGAAUCUCAAAACAGUGUUCUUCAUGAACAGUUGCAGUUGAUGAGUUCACAGAUGGCUGCUCUUCAGUCAAAGGACUGGUCUGAAAUGCCAACUCAAGACAAUGAAAAAAGCAGUGAACAGUUGUUGGAGGUUAUCAGGUAUCUAAGACGAGAAAAAGACAUAGCUAGAACUAAAUAUGAUGUCAUCCAGGCAGAGCAUACCCGAAUAAAAUCUGUUGUUGAACAACUUGAGAAACAGCUGGAGGCCACCAGGAAAGAGUUAAAUGAAGAAAGACAACAUACUCAGAGUUUUGCACUUACUGAAGCUCAACACACUGAACUAUUGAAGAAGGUUGAAAUGAUGAAUCUGCUAACUGAGAGCAACCAUCUUCUUCGAGAUGAGAAAGAAAAAACUCUUGAAGAGUGUAGGGAACUUGAAGCUAAGGUAAAGCUGUUUCUGUCAAAUUUUGUGAACCUAACCCAGUCCAAGAACAGAGACCUUAACUCUCAAGUCGAUGAUCUGACUACUGAGAAUUUUGCUUUACGAGAAGAGAUUAAAAGAUGGCAGACACGGACAAACCAGCUUUUAGAAAAAUCUCAAGAAAUAGGCCCAGAAGAGAUGAAAAGGUUAAGUUCUGAAAAUGAAUCUAUGAAGACAAAACUUGGCAGCAUCACGGAAGAUGUUAACAGACAGAAAAUGGAAAUUAAUCGUCUCAACAGUUCUAUAGCAUCUUUGCAGAAGGAGCUUCAGAAUGCCAGGUCUGAAGCUGAGACGAAGAAGACAGAGGUGGUGAAGACACGCCAGGAACUACAAACAUUAGUCAAUCAAAGUUCAGAGCAGAAGAAAACUAUAUUUGAUGUAAAGAAGAUUGCUAGAAAGUACAAAACUCAGUUCAACGAACUCAAAGUUCAAUAUGAUGAACUCCUCGCUAAAGUUUCUGAAAACCCACCUGAAAAUUUUAUCAGUAAAGAAGCAGCUGAAGCUUCCCGAGAACAAGCUUGUCAAAAAGUUCGUGAAACUCUCGAGCAACAAUUUAAGGAAGAGAAGAACAGUUUGAAACAGGAAAUUGAUGGAUUAAAGGAGAAGCUGACUCAAGAUGAAGAAGCUUCGAAAGCCCAAAUGGCAGAGAAGGAAGAAAGAGCUCGAAAGGUGAUGUUCCAGGCAAGGCAGAAAAUUCAGCUGUUGACAACACAAAAAGAAAGCUUAAACAAAGAGAAGGAGAAGCUGACUCAAGAUGUAGAGGAGUCUAAAAAACAGAUCAUAUCUCUAGAACAGCUAAAAGAAGAAGAUUCUCUCCGAGUGAAUUCACUGAAGUCUCAGUAUGAGGCACAGAUGGCCAAAGUUCAAAGAGAGCUGAAGGACUCGCAGGAUAAUAUUACCAAACUUACUCUACAGAUUGAGGAACUCACCCAAAAGCUAAAACAACAACAAAAACAAGCCACUAGACCCACCACUGUGGAGAGAGGAAGCACCAUGUCUUCUGAGCCUCUCACUGCCAACAUCAAGCCACUUUCACAGCCUGUACAAACAGCAAUUCGUCACCACACCACCCUGGCUCACACUGCUUUGCCACCUACUCGCACCACCCCAACAGCAAGCAUUCGACCCAUGGGUAUCAGUGCUAGUGUGUCUGCCACUGUGCAGCAUAACACUACACGUAUGGCAGCAGUGCUGCCAACAUCGGUGACAGUUGGAGCUGGCCCUUCUAUGGAAGAAACGACUACAUCUGUGUCUGGGAUUACAUCACAGCAUGCUCCUCCAUCUGUUCCAUAUGCUACGGUGUCACCAACUUACGCAGCCCCUCAAGUCACAGCUACAGCGACUGUUGCUCCAACAUCAUCAGCGUUCUCUACAGAAACUGCUGUUUCUUCAACAGUAAGUGGAACCACCCAGCCCGUAGCUCUAGCUGUGAGCAUUCCAGAGGAACAGCAGAGUUCAACAACAGAAACUACCACCUCAGUCUUGACCCCUAUGAUGGCUUUAGUAAGCCCAAGGUUAGAAGGUCCAGAAGUUACAGUUGAACCUAGCAUAGAAACUUUGUCAGCUGCCGGACCAUCUCAAACACAAGCUGUCCUUCCAACCUUGAAGAGACAGAGAGAUGAAACAGUGAUUGACAUAAUCGAUGAUUCAGGGUCAAGAGAGGUGCCUCAGGUGAAGCGAUCUAGGACUCUCCCUGACAGUUCUCAAUCCACACCAACCCCGUCUGUAUCAGUAAUCCCUGUGCUUGGUACUCCUCUUGACCUCUCUACUGAUCAGCAACCAACCGAUGAAGACACAACAAUUAGUCAAACUGAAUCUUGUGAAGAAACUGCUGUGGUUCCUGAACCUACAGAAGCAAUGAAAGUAGAAAACAGCAUUUCAGAAUUACAGGACCAAGAAGGAGAAACAUCAACGGCCACAGUACCCGAGCAGUUGCCAACAGUCACAACAGAAGAAGUUAUUGUUGUAGAGAGUGAUGAUGAAGAAACUAGCCUAGGUGCACAGAGAGAUGACUCUGAUGAUGAACAAGAAGAUGAAGGAAUGGAAGAUCAAGGAUUUUCUCCUGCCACCAGUUAUGCUGAUGAUACAAUGCAAGAGAGGAAAGGCUACAUAAUUUUCAUUACAGAUAUCCCUGAUGAUGGUGAUGAUAACCAAAUGGAAGAUCAGGAAGCUGACCCUGUGACCUCAUCCUUGCUGACCAGUACAGCUGCAACAGUACCAGUCUUCACCAAUCAUCCGGACACUAGUAUCUCGUUAUCAACUGCUCCUCUCAUGGUAGUACCUGAGGUGACUGUAUCUGCUCCGCCUACAGUCCAGGUGACCUCAGAAGUUCGUCCACUCCUUCCUCGUAUUCCCAUGAGAACAGAAAGGCUACCUUCAAUAGGAAGACAGACUUUUAAUGUCUUUAGUGUUUCUGGUCAAGGUUCUGCAUUUGAUGAUGGAGAUGAUAGCAUUGUCCCAAGUACUCCAACCUUGUUUGUUCCUCGGCGAGGUGAUGGGUUUGCUGAAGCUGUCAGUUCUCCUCAUGUUCCUCAGGCUCGUUUUGUUUUCAACAAUGCUACUGAAGCUUCACAAAGUCAGCAGUUAGGUGUUUCUCAGUUGGCAACACAGGAAGCAUUAGGGGUUGAUGACACUCGUAUGGAUCUUUCCCAGUUUGAUGAAGGUGGGGGACGUACUGUACCAACAACACCGCUACAAGUUUCUCCACCUGCUGAGAGUGAGCUUCCAGAAAUUGUUGUUACAGAAACAGUAACCACAGCUGCUGCUGUAUUGGAGAUUAGCCAACCUGUCUCAGUCACAAGCUUAGGAGAAGAAGGGAAAGCUGGUUGUGAACAAGCCAG